ACGGUCGAGUCUUUGCUACAGUAUCUUAUCCUGGCGAACGCAUUUAUACAAUCAUGGACAGUGUUAAGAUGGGCGUGAAGGAAAUGGUUAUUGAAGUGACUGGACUUCCAGACGAAUACCCCAAUAAUAAAAUGAUUGACAAAUUAACCAUGCACUUUCUGAGGCCCAGUAACAAUGGUGGAGAGGUUUUAAUAGUGAUAUAUCCCACCUCCAACAAAGGCCAGGCUUAUGUUGUUUUUGAAUCAGAAGUACCCCGAGUCUUGGACCAUAAUCAUGUUUUGGAACUGGAUAGUCAGUUUUACCCACUGGAUGUUAAAAAGAUACAUCAGCCUAAGUUUGACAUGCCAGCUGAAGCAUUCCUUGAUGUGAGCAUGUUCUACAGUCAGAAAAGGAUCCGAAAUCUUCUUCACAGCCACGGCUUUGAUGUGUCAGAGACCAGUUCAGGACAGCUGCAUUUGCAGGGAACCUUUCUUAACCUAAAACGCAUCCAUCCCAAACUCAUGCAUCUUCUGGCUCAAGAAACCCACUCGCAAAGAAGCGCACCUUCGCAAUGCACUAAUGGCUUCUCGUCUGACUCUGUCUUCAGAGCUGUCUCCAGUGACUAUGAAUCUAGAUCUCAUUGCACAUCGAGGCACAGUCACAACAAUGGCCACUCAGUGUAUGCUGCGGGCAGAAACCCAGAUUCUGGAAUAAACUCAAGAUCCCCAGAGUCCCCAAACAGGCAGGCACUCAUGCAGGCUGCCUCUCCACUGGAUGUUAGUUCAAGCGCAGAGAGUUCCUUCAGCAGUCCCACCAGGAGCUAUGAGGAUUCCAGCAUAAGCGCUCGGCAGCGGAAUCCCUCGUCUCACAGGAAAACUGAGGAUUCCUUCCCUGUGGAUCCAUUCGCGUUUAAAUAUGUAAUGCACUUUAAGAAAGAUUUUAUUGAAAAAAUACAAUCUGAUCACCAAACUCGUAUUAACCAUGUAGAUGAUUCAGGAGUUGUUAUAGUUAAACUUUCAGGAGGAUCCUGUGAGGAAGCAGGUAAAGAAUUGCGUGAAUUCAUGCAGAACAUCACCUCAUCUUUACGCACACAAGAAAUAGACCUGCAUAAACUUAACAGCAGUCGAAGGAGACACAUUACUGAGAAGGCUUACUCAUUCCAAAAGAUCUACAAUGUUUUAAUUAGGGAGGAAAAUGACAUUCUCAAAGUGGUGGGUUCCUCUAAAGACAGUUAUGACGCGAAGGAAAAGCUUCUUGGACGGGAGGCUAGCAUUGCUUCGCCAAGACACUUGGCAAGGAACUUUCUGCGACGCAGCAGCUCUUUGCCAAGACAAAAAACAAGGCAUAGAGAGGAGAACCCAGACUUGGGAGGAAUUCCUGAUGCUGUGUACACUACUACUGUUAGUAGCUCCUCUGCCUCACAUUCCCGGACUGACUCUCAAUUACAGCCAGAAGUACAACAGGAAAGAGGUCGCAAGUCCUCUAAAUCCUCUGCACAAUGUGGCAGGGCACACAGCGCCUCUCGAUUACAACACAAAAAUGAAAGCAGAGUAAACCAAGAACCAUCAGCUUAUGAUGAGCAGGAUUUGACACCCCCUAAAGAAGUUCAGACAUCUAAACAAGGGCACAUUCCUAAAAUAAUGGCUGCUCUUACUCCUAAACGAAAGAUCAAGUUCAAAAACAAAAGUUAAAAUUGUUAAAACAACAUUAAAACAUGAAUUCCUCAUAGCCUUUCAUUGGAAAACACACUUUGAGACUUUUUAGAAGUCAGACACUUUGACACUACUUUAAGAGAGCAGUGGAAUGCUGCUCUAUGCUGCUAGUUCAGUUUGCUUAAUAACAUCUAUAUUCAUGAGAAAAUUCUGGGUUCAGUACAAAAAGAAAAUAAAAAAUUGAUUGAUUGAUUACCAUGAAAAUGAAUUUCCACUUAUUUAAAAGAAAAAAUCUGAAUGGGGCUCAUUGGUUCAGUAUAGCCACAAGACAUGAAACAAAAUAACAUGGGCGCAUAAGCAUUGUUUACUAAGUUUUUCUGUGUGAAGUUAUAUUUAAUUUUAAAACACCUAACACAGCUGUAAAAAUAUCGAAACAACACAAAUAAUGAUAAGAACAACUCAAAUAAUUUCAGUGCAUUUAUAACAUUAUAAGCUUUACAGUUCUGCUUUUAACCCCGCCCAUUUAAAAAAAAAAAAAUUGUUUUUGUGGUAAUCAAAAUUAUGCCACAAAUACUGUCAGUUGAGCUUAACCUGAAAUAUUAAAUUGUUCUCAAUUUUGCAGCAAUCACUGAUUAUUUUUGAAAUUAUUGUCUCACAUGUGAUAAAGAAAAGGAGCAUAUUCAUGUAACUUCCAAUGUCUCCUGUCUCUACCUGUCUAUUAUUAUUGCAGUACUUGCAUUGUAUUCAGUUUUUUUUUUUUUUUUUGUCAAGACUCUCGUUCAUCACCAUGGUGACUCAAUGAGGAAGUGUCUUUUUCUGCAUUCUACAGGAAGUGAGGCAGGCCCUGUGGUUGAAUUAGGGACUGAGCACCUCCCUGUCAAAAAAAAAAAAGGAAACAAGAGCUGAGGCUCUUGUGUUGAAACCGUUAAAAUGUGAGAAAUAUAUUAUAC